GCGUGAAAUACUGGAACUGCUAUAAAUUCUCCUCAAAGCACAAUCUCUUGUCCACAUCUUUCAUCUCUUUCCUAGAGUCACUCUUCCCACUCGAUCCGGCAAUGGCCACCAAUGGCUCCCUGCGGUAUGAAUCAAGCACCGGUUACUUCUCAGUCCAUGUCAAGAGCAGAGAGCUGGUCACUGCAGAGCUGCCAUUUCCAGAGAUCUGGCUGCCUCUCUCCAACCUUGACCUGCUGUUUCCUCCCAUGGACUGUAGCAUUUACUCCAUAUACAGGAAGCCCAGCAGCAAACCUGACCUUUCCUUUGGCUCGGCAGUUGAAAUUCUCAAGAAGUCUCUUGCUAAGGUCCUAGUCCACUACUACCCACUUGCAGGUGAGAUGGUCGCCAACUCCAGCGGUGAGCCGGAGAUUCUGUGCAACAACAUGGGCGUCGAGUUCAUUGAAGCUCAUGCAGAGAUAGAGAUCAGUGGUCUCAAGCUCCAUGAUCCCGACGCGACCGUGCAGGGAAAGCUUGUACCAUCGAAGGGACGAGGAGUUCUCAGUGUUCAGGUCACCAAGCUCAUGUGCGAAGGCAUCGUUGUUGCUUGCACUUCGGACCACCGGAUCGGUGAUGCCUACUCCAUUGGCAUGUUCAUGGCUGCAUGGGCUGAGGUCACCCGGACCAACUCCCUCGCUCUCAUCCCCAACUUCCGUCGCUCUCUCCUCAGCCCACGCCACCCUGGAUCGUACGACAAGUCCCUUGACAACAUGUAUGGGCCCAUCGCAUUCCUGAGCCCACCGCCCAAGCACGAGAGUACUUCGUCCGAUCAAUUCAUCAGCCGGAUCUAUCAUCUGAGCACAGGUGCCCUGAACCAACUCCAAGAUCUUUCUUCCACAGAUGGGACUAGGAGAACCAAGCUGGAGGCAUUCAGCGCACUUCUAUGGAAGCUGAUGGCCAAUGCCAGUGGUGAUGCAGUGAGCAGCUGUCGUUUGGGCAUCGUCGUCGACGGCCGGUCUCGCCUGAGCGAGGGCCCGAGAUCGGCACUCUAUGGAUACUUUGGCAAUGUUAUCUCGAUCCCCUUUGGGGAGGCUACCAUUGAGGACCUUAAGAGCAAGCCGCUGGGAUGGGCCGCGAAGAAGGUGAACGAGUUUCUGGGUUUUGCCACCAACAGGGAGCACUUCCUGGGGCUGAUUGACUAUGUCGAAGGGCUGAGGCCUAACCCCAUUAUGACGAGGGUUUGCUAUAGAGGGGCCGAUGAUGGGCCAGCUAUUGUGGUCUCACAUGCAAGAGUCUUGGAUCCCUCUAAGAUGGACUUUGGUUGGGGCCUUCCUUUCUUGACGUCCGUGCACUGCCCUUGGGAAGGGGAUGCCAGAUUUGUGCUGCUGCUUCCAAGCCCCCUAGGGAAUGGAGACUGGGUUGUUUACAUGCAUCUGUUCAAGCACCAGCUUCACGAAAUAGAGAUGGGGGGAGGGGAAAUACUUCAACCACUUACUUUCCAACACCUCACCCCUCAAGAGGUUUGAGAAGAAGGAAGCACACAAAAGAUUGUCAAUGGCUACUAAUUAGGGAAGAAAUAAAGUCAUCUUGAUUAUUAGAGAGAAUGUCUCUGCAUGUUCAUUUAAAUGUAUCUUUAAACAAUUAAUGGAGCGAUUUAUACUUGGUUAAA